UUCUGACAACCCGAUGAUGUCUUACCUUUUGCUUCUGCUUGGCUACUACUCUCCCACAUCCCGAUUACUAUUUCAUCAAUCUCUAUAUCAAUCAGACCAUGGAAACCCUACCUCAAGACAUAAUUGACGAAAUUGUCUUCCACCUGGUACCAGCAGACUCUAAGCCAAAGACACCCUACGAUGUCCGCGGCCGGCCCUCUCUACCCCUGGCCCCGGUUGCUGCCGUUUCGCGCCGCUUCCAAGCCGCAGUGGAGAGGUUGACGUUCAGGUCCAUCAAGAUCACCAGUGACGAAUUGGCCAAAUUCAAUGAGUUGCUCACACCACCGAGACGGCAUCAUCUCGCCAGCUUGACCGUCACCAUCCUUCUCUCGCCCUACGACGAUGCAGCUGCCCGGCGGGCGGAAUCACCAGAAGAGCGAACCGCCAACGACGAAAGCUACAGCCGAGGCAUGGCAGCUUUGUUCGAGGUGCUUCACAGCUGGGAGGUGGAAGACUCCGAAACGAUAGCAUGCCGCCUGGCACUGUUCAUAAACCAUCCGGAAUCGCCUUCGGACAAUCCAUGGCGGUUCAACCACGCUCCCUGGAGUGAUACGUAUCCCGAGGAGGAUGGCAUAUACGAGGGCAGAUAUUUGCAUUCCUACAUCCAACUGCUCGACUCACAUGCGCUACCAACCCUUCAAAGAGUGAAACAGCUGGCGAUGCUCCGGCCGGAUGAUAGGUACGGUCACCGAAACACGUGUCCGAAAGUGCCAAUUGUCCUCGCGUCCAAGAUGCCAAACCUCGAGUCAUUGAAGCUCAGCAUGGACGAUGACGAGAAGCGGUUCCCGGAUAUCCGCGUACGCCACCGGAAGGAAGCCGCGGAAGCCAUCGGGAGCCUGUCUCUACCAGCGCUGAACAAGGCCGACCUCGAUUUCUUCGUUCGGAGGCAGAGGAACGAAAGGGCUCAGCCGCAUGUUCUGCACGACCCGGGGAUCCCGGACCCGCUGAGCUCUGUGAUAUGCGAGUUCUCUCAGAACCUCGUGAGCCUAAAAGUCUCGGGCGUCUUCGAUGAGUCCCUCCUCCGUCCCAUCGGACGCCUCGGCAGCACGCCCUGGCCGAGCCUCAGGUUCCUCGACGUCAAGCUCCUGAUCAACACCCCGGCCGGCGGCUGGUACUUCACGAAGCGCGACGACGUCCCUCCCCAGCCGCCGUACACGCACUGGUCGCGCACCAACAACGCCCACGAGGACCUCCACCUCGAAGACUUCAGCUUCCUCGAGGAGGCCGCCCACGCGCUGCUGAACCCGGUCUACGUCUUCCGCGGCAAGGCCGACGAUGACGCGCUCGCGCCCCUGGUCGGGGCCUACGCCGACGCGCUCGCGGCGAUGCCCAGGCUCGCCUCGGCCGCGCUCAACUUCCAGCUCGAGGAUGAGGUCGACGGCGAGCCCGGCUGGUUCUGCGUGGCGUACUUCGCGCCCUGCCGGAGCGCCUCGCGGCACCCGCCGCGGAUGAUCUGCCCGGACUGCAACCGCGGCGUGACGCGGCAGCUGGUGACGCUGCUGCUGGGGUGGGAGUCGGAUGAGGCGCUGGCGGCCAAGUUGAGGGGGAUCGGGGGCGAGUUCCGCGCGGAGCCCAUGGUGGAGAAGACCAUGGCCGAGUUUCUCAAGUACCACGAGGACGAUGUCGAAGAAAAUUGACGUCAUGGUCUGGCUAGACAAAGAUGGGGUGUCCAACCUUCAGCCUCUGGCCUUUUCGAACCAUGCAGGUCAUUACGUUGAGGUUGUCCGGCUUCCCUGACUACAAUGGGCGAAAGCAUCUUAAUUGUCAUAUUUCCUGCACGCAACUAGCGAGCUUUGGUGUCCAGUAGUCAAACGGGAGCGAUACAGAACUGCCAAAUGUUCUAGAACCCUAAGACGAUGCCACAAGCGCUCCUGGUUGUGUAGGGUGUUCUCUUUGGGCUUGCAAUCAAGACCUUGGGGCAGUUCGACCUGGUCAGGAACAUGUUGCUGCGAGAUAAACUAGUCGAGCCGAUCAAACGCUGCACGCUCUCAGGAGCAGCCGCAAUGGGUAGAACCAAGAGAUCCUCAAGUAAGCUUACUUAAUAUCGAUGCUCGGUUGUCGUUUGUCCC